AUGGAAAUGUUCAUAAAAUGUAUUGUUCUUCUCGUUUCUGUGCGGUCGGUUUAUCUUUAUUGUGGCCCUUACAAUGGCCAGAUUUGUAAACAUUAUUCUACGGGAUACGUCUGGUACAAUCAAACGGGGGGUCUUGAAAAUGAAAAAAUUACAACAGGCCUUUGGAAGGAAAUGAUUUCAACUUUAAAAGAACCAUGUAGAAGUAAAGCCGAAAAAUUACUGUGUGCUUAUGCUUUUCCUAAAUGUAUAAAUAAGGAAGAUGUGGGGAACAUAGCUUUACCUCUUUGCUAUGAAGACUGUAUGGCUGUGAAAAUGCAGUUCUGUUAUAAUGGUUGGAUUGUGAUUGAAGAACAGAAGCGUCGAGGUGUUUUCUUUGAAUCAAGAGGGCAUUUUAGGUUUCCUGAAUGUGAAAAGCUUCCAAGAUUUUCAGGAAAAGGUUCACAUGUUACUUGUCAUAAUACAGGAAUAACAGAAAUGGACUACAGUCAAGUGACUACAAAUUGUUAUCAUGGAAAUGGCAGAUUUUAUCAAGGAACUAUGAAUGUGACCGAAACUGGACUUUCUUGUCAAGCUUGGGAAUCACAGUAUCCACAUCAACAUACCAGACCACCUCUUAUUUUCCCAGAAGUCCAGAAUGCCACAAACUAUUGUAGAAAUGCUGGAGGUGAAGAACGUAAACCAUGGUGUUAUACUAUGGACCCUACAGUAAGAUGGGAGUACUGUGAUGUACCACUUUGUGCCAAUUCAAGUGAGAUUACAAUUGACAAUAUCAAUGGACCAAUUAUAAUGGAGAAUUAUUUUACCCCAACUUUUGUAUUAUUUUUAUCUAUUGGUGGUCUUGGUUGUGUUUUAGGAAUAGCAUGCAUUGCACUUUUAUGCCACUAUUUUUUGAAAAAUCAUUACUCUAAAUGUAACAUCUCAAGAAGAAAUGUUCAAAAUAUAGAUAUAGAUUUAGAUAAACUACCUAGUAAUAUGGCAUACCAUACAACAGGGGCACAACUUAAUCCAAAAUUGGAAAAACUGGAGUUUCCUAGAAAUAAUAUAAUUUAUAUUAGGGACCUUGGCCAAGGUGCAUUUGGUAGAGUCUUUCAAGCAAAAGCACCUGGCUUAGUUCCUGAGGAAGAAUUCACUUUAGUGGCUGUAAAAAUGUUAAAGGAUGAAGCAUCUCAUGACCUACAAUUAGACUUUGAAAGAGAAGCUUGUUUACUUGCAGAGUUUGAUCAUCCCAACAUUGUUAAAUUAUUAGGAGUAUGUGCUGUUGGAAGACCAAUGUGCUUACUGUUUGAGUUUAUGGGUAAAGGUGACUUAAAUGAAUACCUUAGAGCUUGCAGUACUGCCCCUAAUUAUCCUCCAGGAGUUGAAAACAGAGAAGAUUUGCGCCUUUUAGUUGCGCCACUUACUGACUUAGAUCUUUUACAUGUGUCUAGGCAGAUUGCAUCUGGAAUGGUGUAUUUAUCAGAUAGAAAAUUUGUUCAUCGGGAUCUAGCCACUAGAAAUUGUCUCAUUAAUGAUGAUAUGGUAGUUAAAAUAGCUGAUUUUGGUUUAUCUCAUAAGAUUUAUCUACAAGACUACUACAAAGGAGAUGAACAUGAUGCCAUCCCAGUACGAUGGAUGCCUUUAGAAAGUAUUUUAUAUAACAAAUAUACACUUGAAUCAGAUGUAUGGGCUUAUGGUGUAUGUUUGUGGGAGAUAUUCUCAUUUGCUUUGCAGCCAUACUUUGGCAUGACUCAUGAGGAAGUAGUUAGGUUUUUGAAGGAUGGUAAUGUCCUUGCCUGUCCUGAUAACACACCUAGGUGUGUAUAUGACUUAAUGAAGCAGUGCUGGAACCACAAUCCUAGUGAUCGCCCAAACUUUAGAGUUAUUUAUCAAACAUUGGACAAUAUUCAAAUGAUAUUAGAAAGACGUCACUCUGAUUAA